UGUCCUCUUUCUUUGUUCGUCAUAUUCAUAGUGAUAAUUCGCAACGAAGUACUUUACAAAGACGUAUGAAUUAAAUUUGAUUACAAUGUGAAAAUGGUCACUUAAAAGGUUGCUAUUAAAAUCUUGGUUUUAUCCAAUUUUGAGCACACAGAGCUCCAUAAUAUAAGAGGUGAUUAGACAGACCACGUACUCGACAUCAUGGAAUACGGUAUCGUCCUCCCAAUCAUUCUCAUCCUCGUCUCCGUGGUCGUGACAUUCCUCCUCGCCAAGGCCAUCCGUAUCUUCGUCCUCAUCAGCAGGUUCGAUGGACCACCGGCACUACCUCUUGUAGGCAAUGCCCACGAAUUCAAGAGCGAUCAAAGGGAAUUCUUCGUUGACAUGACAACUCUCAUGGAGGAGUACAGGGCGAGGAGUGGAGGGCUUAUUAGGAUGUGGCUUGGACCGGUCCCAUCACUCGUCCUCUACAAAGCCAAACAUGUUGAGGUGAUACUGAACAACAGCCGACAUAUCAAGAAAGGAUACCUGUAUAAGUUUAUAGAACCAUGGCUUGGGUUAGGAUUGUUAACAAGCUGGGGUCAGAAAUGGUUUCAUCGACGGAAGAUGCUCACUCCGACCUUCCAUUUCUCCAUCCUGCAAAGUUUCAUGGAUGUUUUCAACGAGCAGAGCAUGAUCUUGGUCAAGAAACUCGAAAAGUUUGCAGAGAAAUCUGAGACGGUCAACAUUUUCCCGCUCGUCGCCUAUUGCGUACUGGAUAUCAUAUGCAUUACCGCGAUGGGACGUUCUUCCAACGCACAAGAAAAUAGUGAAAAUGAAUAUGUGAAAGCUGUUGGAAGAAUGAGUGAAUUGGUGACGAUACGAGGAAAGAAUCCCUUGCUCUGGCCCGACUUCAUCUUUGACAAAUUAAAAUCCGGUAAAGAACAUAAAGAAACCCUGAAAAUCCUUCAUGGUGUAACCAACAAAAUGAUACAGGAAAGACUGAAGGAGUCUCCAAAAGACACUAACACGGAUGAUGAUGAUGUUGAUGUUGUUGCUAGGACACGUAAGAGAAUCGCAUUCCUAGAUCUUCUUCUUCAGAUGCACCGAGAAGAUGCAAGCUUCACCCUGGGUGAUAUCCGCGAAGAAGUAGACACGUUCAUGUUUGAAGGUCACGACACCACGGCUGCUGCGGCAGGCUGGGCAAUCCUCCUCAUCGGCCAUCACCCGGAUGUACAGGCACGACUACAUAUGGAAAUAGACGAGGUCUUUGGUGACUCCAUGCGGCCCGUGACGUCAGAUGACCUGUCUAGGCUCCAGUAUCUCACAUGCGUCGUCAAAGAAACACUUCGCCUCAUCCCUUCGGUCCCCAGUAUCUUUAGAAAACUCGAUGAGGAUAUAAUGUUAGAUGGCAAGGUGGUUCCUAAAGAGACCCUGGUGGCCUUAAGCAUCUACGGCCUUCACCAAGACCCGGACGAAUUCCCUAAUCCUGAACGGUUUGACCCGGAUCGGUUCCUUCCCGUGAAUGCCGAAGAAAGACAUCCGUACGCCUAUGUGCCGUUUUCAGCUGGGCCAAGAAACUGCAUUGGUCAGAAAUUUGCCAUGAUGGAGGACAAAAUAAUCCUAGCCAGCAUUCUCCGAAGAUUCUCCAUCAAAUCGAUCCAGACCAUAGACGAAGCCAAACCUGCAGGGCAGCUCAUCCUAAGACCCGCAGAAGGCAACAUGCUUGUCAACUUAAGCCGGAGAAAAUAGCCUGCCAAGGACAAGACAACAAAGCCAACCCAGCGCGUAGAAGUAGUAGUAGUAGUAGUAGUAGUAGUAGUAGUAGUAGUAGUA